UACUGUCUGAAAUUCAGCACAAUGGGGGUCUCAACGUGAGUCUACUGAGUUUGUUUCCCAUGUCAGGUUGUUAACAGUGUGUGGUACAGAGGAACAAUGAAGAUUGAGAAAACAUGAAGCAGUAUAACUAAAACUGAUUACUAUAAAAGAGAGAAGGAGAAAAAGUAAGAAAGAAGAGAGGAAAAAGAGGAGAAAGAAGGGGGGUGGUGGUGGGGGGACGGAAGAACCGAGAGCCAAGCGGGCCAUGACGUCAUUAUUGUGCAAAGAGUAUUUGGACUGAGCAUUAGGGUUGAACUUGAGGUGUCAGCAAUGUUUUCAAGGAAUCAGAGGAAGAAUAAUUAAUCCAUAAAAGCCAUAGGGAUCUGAAUUUAUUGUAGGUAUCAGAAUCAAGGGCUAACAUUUCUUCCAUUCGCAUGAUGUCAUUAACCAAUGAGACCCACAUGGAUAAUGGAGGGGUAGAGGUAGAUUUCCAAAAUAGGGUGAUAAGUUGUCGCGUGGCCGAUAAAAAGAAACGUAGUAAGGUAUUCUUCUGUGAUGCUAUGGAACCAGGUAACAUAGACAGCAAAGCUAUCUCCGGUGAGGGUGUUAGGGGCCGAUCAUAGAGCUGACUAUAUAUGGCAAAGACCUGAGACCAAAGGGGUUGAAUGGCCAGACAUGUCCACCAAAUAUGGAGGUAGUUACCGUCUAUUGAGCUGCAUCUCCAACAUAUAGGGGGCAUAGAAGGAAAUAUUUUAUGUAGAGAGAGAGGGUCCCUGUACCAUCGAGAGAGGAGCUUGAAGUUCUUCUCCUGAGAGUAACAGGAGAUAGAGGAUUUGUGCGUGAAGUAGUAUGACUUCUGCCAAUCCGUUGUAUGGAAUUCCUUUCCCAGAUCCGUGGACCACUUCUUCGUGUAGGAGGGAACUUGAUCAUGUAUAAGUGUGUGUAGCAGUGUAUAUAAGGAGGAGAGCGAGUGUCUUGGGGUUUCAGAAAGAGAACACAGUUGCUCGAAAUCAGUUAGGGGUCUGUGAUGAAGAGAAUAGGUUGGAACAAAAGGAGGACAGGCGCAGGGUCGUGAGCCAAUUAUGAUGGUCCUUAGUCAGUGUUUUAGUAAGGGGAAAAGUAUCGCACAAUUUCAGUUUUGGCAGAGACCUGCCACACUCCGUGGGAAAACAGCUGUCUCCCUAAACAGGAGUAAGAUGGUGGUUUGAGCGGUGCACGGAGAACUUCGGCUGCAAGACAACACUGGCCUAAAGGUACUAGGAUUUUUUUGCAAGUAUGUUUUUUUUUUUUUUUUUUCAUACAGUUACUUAUAUUAAAUGGAAUUUUGUUUUACCUAGGUAGAGUGAAGUUCCACUUCUAAUAGUGAACAAAAAGGAAGCACGUGGAAUUCCCCAGUAGCAAGCAUAGCUUUUGAAAUACAAUUUGGACUCUGGACAGCAGAGGGCAGCAGCGCUCCUCAUUGUGUCCCUUAGAAACAGAUUUGUUGCCAAGUAAUGACUCAAUACAAUGCGAGUGUCACCGACAGCAGCAAUAUGAAGGGUGCUAACAAGAAGGUAAAGGUGCGAAAGCGUGUACAAGAAACUCCUAAGGGUGCUGAAGAGAAAGAGCUUCUCCCUAAGGAUGAAGGUGAUAAACAGCAACUUAAUGAUGAACCUCCUGCAAUAUCAGAAAAAAAAGAGGAUGUAAUGGUGUUUGAGGGUCUUUGUGAACGAAUGCUGUCAGCUAUGUGUCUUUUACAGACCAGUGUAUCAGAGGUCCUAGAUGUAAAAGAUGAGUUAAUCAUACACAAUGUUCCAAGCUGUGUCCAAGCUCAGAUGUCACUGUCCACAUCAAGGCUAUUUAGAAGCUUGACAGAUAUGUACGUCCCCAGCACAGAACUUGUCCGCCUGGUCCGUGUGUUUGGGCCACAGUGGGAACAGAAACAAUUGAUCCUCAAGCAACUACAAGAAGAACAUGAAAGGCUUCAGAGGCUUCUCUCUUUGGCUCUUCAACGGAUACAGCAUUUGGAAACCCAGUUGCACAGAGACACUGAAUCACAACAUUACAAGAACUGGGAGAAGCUGUUUGUCAGACUAAUGCGUAUGGGACCAGAUAUAAGCUCAUUUGAAAUACAAAGUGACUUGGAUAUCAAAAGAUAAUAAAAGGCAACAAGACUACAUGAUGAAUUAUAGAGUCUACUGAAACAAAAGGGUCAGCUGCAGAGAGCGGCAAUAUUUGUUACAAGGAGUGCUAAAGACCCAAAGUACUUUACUCCAGCUACAAUAUAAAUAUGUCAGUAGUUAUUAAGCUAUAUAGACCCAA